UUCUCUACUGUGGUUCGACCUUCUACAGUCGGUAAGAGGGAUAUGUUAGACAUUGUCCAUUGUAAAUCCUUUUUCAUCCUUCUUUAAAACAACACCUAGCACAACACAAAAAGAUCCGGCUUCAAUCAAAUUUGACCGACCAGGUUAAAACAGACUAAAUUGAUCAUGUACGCCUGUGCAAAGUUCGUCUCCACGCCGGCUCUGGUCCGUGCUGGCUCCCGGGCUCUUUACAGACCCCUGUCUGCCUCUAUGCUGUCCAGGCCUGAGGUCAAUACAGAGAGAAACGUAGCCCUCAUGCCACAGAGCCCCUUCACCCAGGUAGCUCUCAGAGGCUUCCAGACCAGUGCUGUGAGCAGGGACAUUGAUACCGCUGCCAAAUUCAUUGGUGCUGGAGCCGCCACAGUCGGAGUGGCUGGAUCUGGUGCUGGAAUUGGAACAGUGUUCGGCAGUCUCAUCAUUGGAUAUGCCAGGAACCCAUCAUUGAAGCAGCAGCUCUUCUCCUACGCUAUCCUGGGAUUCGCCCUGUCUGAAGCUAUGGGCCUAUUCUGUUUGAUGGUUGCUUUCUUAAUCUUGUUUGCUAUGUAAAAGAAAUCUGUCUAUAGAAACUGUAAUUACAGAUGUGACUACAUAUUUUAUUGUGGCUACCAAAAUUGUUCCGUGUUGGUGUCAUGGAAAUGUACAUUUUCAAGUCUGUCCGACACUCUCAAAAUAACAGAAACAUGUAUUGUAAAAAAUGUAAGAAAUUACAUAAUUAAAAUGCAUGUAUUUGACUAGUUAACAUAUGGCAGUAUGUUUUCUAUGUAAGGAAUCAUGUUUCACCACAAUCAAGAUGCCAACUAGCUUCUAUUGAAUGUCAACAUGGGAUUAUACAAAGGAACUGCUUAGAUGUCAUGUAAAUCAGUCUGGUGCAUUUGCCAUUUUCAGUGCAUCAUGUGUUCGCUUCUGUGGGUCCACAUUUAUGUUGUCGUUGGUUCAAGUGCAGGUCAAUAGCAUUCUGUAAGUAGGCAGCAAGUGGGCACUUGCUCUUGUAAAUGGAAUUAAAUAAAUCUAGAACACAAUUUGAUUGUGCUAAA